AUGGAUAGCCUUAAAAAGGGCUAUCCCAAAUUCAAUGAGAGUCGAAGGUCAACUUCAGUUGAACUUCCCGUACAGGGUUCAGCAACAACUCCAGUUGAGUUCGAUAAAACACCGACGCCAUUCGGUACCACUAGUACUCAAAAUCCUGCUGCUGCCAUUUCUACGGAGCAACCAUUGACAGACAUUUCGCUAAAAGCUCGAACUACUUCGAGUGAAUCGCAGGUUUUUCCCUCUGGAUCAGAGUUAGGCUCAACUUCAGGAGAAAAUGCACACACUAAAGGACAAGCUUCUCCAAAACGUUUGCCGGCUGAAUUAACAGCAAAGGCUGCUUCCAAUCCUUCGCUGCUCCCUCUUGUAACUUCGAGUGAAGCGCAGGUUCUGAUCACAGCGGUUAUUUCAGCUGCUAAUACUUCCAUCGGAAACCCAGUGUUGCCAUUUCGUGAAACCGGACAACCAGUUACCACAAAUAAAGGAAAGAAGGUGCGCCAGAAAGGAAAAAAACAGUCUCAAAAUCAUUUACCGGUUGAAUUAACAACGAUGACCGCUUCGAAUCCUUCGUCGUUCCCUCCUGUAACUUUGAGUGAAACGCUAGUUCUUAUCUCUUCUCCUAGUCCGCCGGUUUCAGUUGUCACUAUUCGCAGUGAAAUCCCUGAACUACCAACCCCUGAAACUGGACAAUGGGGAACGGAAAAUGGAGUAUUGGCGUCGUCGGAUUCUGCAUCCGCUUCAAUUUUCAAACAACAAAAGCGGAAGAAUGGUGUCGAAAGUGAAACAAGUACGAAAAAAAAACGCGCUGUUUCAAAAAAUGUUGCCUCAACGAAACAGACACAGCGGAAGUCAACUUUUGAAAUCACUUAG